GCGGUGGAGGGGCGGGGCCCACGGAGCUCUUCGGGCGGCAGCGAUGGCGGCUACGUCGAGUUCGAUUCGGUUGCAGCGUUGUAUAGUGUCGCCGGCUGGGAGGCACAGCGCCUCUCUCAUCUUCCUGCACGGCUCAGGUGAUUCUGGACAAGGAUUGAGAACGUGGAUCAAGCAGGUUUUAAAUCAAGAGUUAACAUUCCAACACAUAAAAAUUAUUUAUCCAACAGCUCCUCCCAGUGCAGAAAUCAGCAAGUCUUACUUCCAGAUGUCUCAGACUCUUCAGAACAAUUAGAAACUGUAUUUAAUAUGCAGUUUAAAAUUACAAGAUCUGAACUAUUUUCAUUCAAAUAUGAACCAUAUCUCUAUUGACUGAGGAUUUUUUCAAUCUUAGUUCAUCUUACAUCUCAUUGUAGUUUUGGUAUAUGCUCUUUCCUUUCUGUUCUAAUGUAUUUCCAGAUUAUUUUUACUUAAGUACAUGGGCAUUAAAGGCAUUGAAUUGAAGACACUAGAUAGUGUUUACAAUUCAAUAAUAUUUUAUUCUCUUGUUCUAUUGAAAUUGGUGAUGAUGCUUCGUUAAUUUCGUGGUGAAUUAAAUGUAAUACAUUUUAAGGGUUUUCAUAUUUUUAGACCUAAUUUUCUGUCCCACAAAUGAUCAUUUCUUAGUUUUUUCCCAUUAAAUUAUGUUUGGUAGUUAUGUAUUAUGACUCCUGUUUACCAUCUGGCCUCUUCAGUAUGCCUUUUCCAGACUAUUCAAUCAGUCCAGCCCUAAUGCCCUCAGAUUUUAGAACUAUUAGUGGUGAUUUUAUAUAAAUAUAGUUAAUAAAAAUUUGUCCUAGAGGAACAACAUUUUGGAAACCUUUUGCAUUUUUCUAACUAAAAGUAAAAACUUGAGUAAACCACAAAUAUCAUAAAAAGUAGACAGCCACUGUUAAGACUAUCAUCCUAUCUUUAAUAUCUUUAAUGUCUUAUUUGUUUAUUUAGUUUUGCAAAUGUGAGUUCAUACUAAACAUACAAUUAUAAAUUCUGCCUUUUUUUCACUUAAUACUAUAUUUGAUGAUUUCUUCCUAUAACAAUUUCUCACUGAAAUAUAGAAAACUGUUUUAAUAGCUAUAGAAUAUUCUUCUAAAAUUUAUUCUUUUGUAGACUGUUUUAGUUUUUAUCCUCAGUUUAUCACUAUAUAUAUCUAUUUAUCCUAUUUCUGAUUUUCCUUCAGGAAAAAUUCCUAGAAAGUACUCAGAGGCCUUAUAGUCAGUUCCUUUUUGUUUAAGGGAUUAGCUCUUCUAAAUUGUUUUCCAAGAAUGGACAGUUUGCAUUAUUACCAACAGUGUAUUAGGAUACCCACUUCGCCGAACACUUACUAGCAUUAAUUUAUUUUAAAAACAGUUUCUACUUUUAUUCCUGAGGCUCUCUAAGGGUUAUCUAUCAGUUAUCAAAUAAACAAUGCUUUCAGUAUCACUAAAUCAGCCUAGCAGUUUACUAAUUUAAUGUGUUUAGGUAAAGAUAGAUAGAUAGAUAGAUGAUUUUUUUCCUUUUACACUCAAAAUUCUUUAAAUAUUUUUUUCUUGGUCACAAAAUUGUUGCCUUUACAAUGAGAUCUACUUUAUAAUUUAACAGCCUCUAAAAAAUAACAGACUGAGAAGAAAAAUACAUAGAAGUAUCAAAACAGGAACAGAGUACUAAUUUGUUGAUUAUUUCUAAGCUUAGUUAAUGGAUAUAAGCUUUGGAAAUAUGUAUAGUUACAUUUAUGUUUUAUUCAUUUUCGUGCCAUUUAUA